GUAAAAGAUACCCUUCUUUAGUUUUUGGGACACCCAAAUCAUCCAAGAGUAUCAUCGGGAAAAGCAGUCCUCUCUGGCAAUACAUACUGGAUCACUCUUUGCGGGAACAUCCAAUUCUAAAGAAGCUGCGACUGCUCACCGCUGAUCAUCCCUGGAGUAAAAUGAUGGUGUCCUGUGACCAGGCUCAGCUUAUGGCAAAUUUGGUCAAACUCAUUAAAGCCAAGAAAGUUAUUGAAAUAGGUGUUUUCACAGGUUAUAAUACCUUGAAUAUGGCACUUGUCCUGCCAGAUAAUGGCAGAGUUAUUGCCUGUGAUAUAAAUGAGGACUACGUCAAAAUUGGAAAGCCACUGUGGAAGGAGGCAGGAGUAGAGCAUAAAAUUGACCUGCGGAUUAAGCCAGCAAUUCAAACACUUGAUGAACUGUUGGCCAGUGGAGAAGCAGAAACCUUUGACUUUGCUUUCAUUGAUGCGGAUAAAGAAAGCUGCAAUGAGUACUAUGAAAAAUGUUUGCGCCUCAUAAAGAAAGGGGGAAUAAUAGCUAUUGAUAAUGUCCUUUGGAGUGGAAGGGUGCUAAAACCAAGAAAGGAUGACUUGGCAACCCAGAGCAUCCACCACCUCAAUGAGAAGCUUCUCAGAGAUGCACGAGUCAAUAUCAGCAUGCUCCCAAUGGGGGAUGGAGUCACAUUAGCAUUCAAGUUGUAA